CACCACGUGGAGAGAGAGAAAAAAAGAAGAAGAAAAGAAACCCUACAAAAACCCUGAAACUUUCUCUCACUUCUUUCUCUCUCCUUCCCUGUUUAUGGAGUCGUCAUCUGCGACCCCUUUCAUGUUAUAUCUGUAACAUUUACAGAGAUCCACCUUCUUGUUAUCAGGAAGCUGAACUCUCUAUUAGGGUUUUUAGAGAGAAAGAAAUGGCAAGAGUUUGUGGUGCAGGGCUUAUCUCAGCCCUAGCUUCCGCAACAUUAGGCGUCGACCAUGCCUACGCCGAUGGCCCUUUCACCUUCUCUCCCUUCUCUUCAUCACCUGCUUCCCCACCUCCUCAAUCUUCCGAAACUUCUCCAACGUCUCAACCAUCUGCCGAACCUCCCCCCCGUGUUCGCAACAAUAACCCACGAACUACUUCUGCUGGGUUCGAUCCCGAGGCGCUCGAGAGGGGUGCCAAGGCCCUGCGAGAGAUUGCCAGCUCUCCCCAUGGCAAGAAGGUGUUCGAUGUUAUGAAAAAACAAGAAGAGACGAGGCAGACAGAAUUGACUGCGAAAGCCACUGAGUUUAAAGCCAUGCAAGCUCAAGCUGAAACUGAAAGACAAAAGGUAAUUUAUGAAGAACAGAAAAAGCUGGCUCAGCAACAGGCACAAAUAAAAUCCCAGAUGGCUCGCUAUGAGGAUGAAUUGGCAAGGAAGAGGAUGCAGGCAGAAAAUGAGCAUCAAAGAGCAAGAAAUCAAGAGCUUGUCAAAAUGCAAGAAGAAUCAGCUAUUAGGCAAGAGCAAGCCAGACGAGCGACUGAAGAACAGAUUCAAGCUCAGCGUCGGCAAACAGAAAGGGAGAAAGCUGAGAUUGAACGUGAAACAAUAAGGGUGAAGGCUAUGGCAGAAGCAGAAGGGAGGGCCCAUGAAGCAAAGCUUGCCGAAGAGGUUAACAGACGAAUGCUAGUAGAGCGUGCAAAUGCCGAGAGAGAGAAAUGGGUUGCUACCAUAAACACAACUUUUGAUCAUAUUGGAGGUGGUCUGCGGGCCAUAUUAACUGAUCAAAAUAAACUGGUUGUAGCUGUUGGAGGAGUGACAGCUCUUGCAGCAGGGAUCUACACAACAAGAGAAGGUGCAAGAGUGCUUUGGGGCUACGUGGACAGAAUAUUAGGACAACCAUCAUUGAUCAGAGAGUCCUCCAGAGGGAGAUAUCCGUGGUCAGGAUUGUUUUCUCGUGGUAUUAGCACUCUAUCACUUAACAAUGGUACAGCGUCUGCUUCAAAUAAUGGGAAUGGAUUUGGUGACGUUAUCUUAAACUCUUCUCUUCAAAAGCGAAUUCAGCAACUCGCUAGUGCAACUGCCAAUACAAAAUCCCAUCAGGCACCAUUUAGGAACAUGCUCUUCUAUGGUCCUCCUGGAACUGGGAAAACAAUGGCUGCAAGAGAGCUGGCACGCAAAUCUGGGUUAGAUUAUGCGUUAAUGACUGGUGGAGAUGUUGCGCCACUGGGUCCACAGGCUGUAACCAAGAUACACCAGUUGUUUGAUUGGGCCAAGAAGUCAAAGAAGGGUUUAUUGCUCUUCAUUGAUGAAGCAGAUGCAUUCUUGUGCGAGCGAAACAAAACCUAUAUGAGUGAAGCUCAACGGAGUGCACUCAAUGCCCUUCUUUUCCGCACAGGUGACCAGUCCAAGGACAUAGUCCUUGCUCUUGCUACAAACCGCCCUGGUGAUCUUGAUUCAGCUGUGGCAGAUCGUAUUGAUGAAGUCCUGGAGUUUCCUUUGCCUGGUGAGGACGAACGCUUCAAGCUGCUAAAACUCUAUUUGGACAAGUACAUAGCUCAGGCUGGGGCAAGAAAACCGGGUCUGUUUUCCAAUCUGUUCCGGAAACAGCAGCAGCAGAUAGAGAUAAAGGGUUUGACCGAUGAUAUUCUGAGGGAAGCUGCAGUUAGGACUGAAGGAUUCUCAGGAAGAGAGAUAGCAAAGCUGAUGGCAAGUGUUCAAGCUGCUGUUUAUGGGAGCGAGAACUGUGUGCUUGAUCCAAACUUGUUCCGUGAAGUAGUAGAUUAUAAAGUUGCAGAGCAUCAACAGAGAAGGAAACUGGGUGAUGCUGACGGAGGUAGCUCCUGAUGGUAGUGUUUUUUAAAAGUAUUACCAUAUGAAUUGUGUUCACUUCUCUUUCGUCAGUUGGGUAAGAAUGAGCAGGUGAGUGUCUCUGCUUAUAUUGUCUGCCGUGGGCCAUUUUUAUUUUUUGGCUACCGUGUUGUUAUCAUUAUUUGCCCUCUGUUUACUGGGGAGUUUUGGAAUAUCUUUACCAUAGGUUCAAUUAAUCUUACUGCUGAUGAACAAUAUUAUGAAGUGUUCAUGGGUCAUUUGUUUUA